CCGGCCUAUCGAGCCAAUCACCGCCCGACAAUGGAUGUCCGACAUCGUCUGCUUAAAGCCGCGAUCGCCAGUCCUCCCCCCUCGCACUGCUUCUUGCUUUUUCUUCUCGCUCGUGCCUCAAUUUCGGUCAGCGUCAUGGAUGGCAUCGAUUCCAUCCGAAAGGGCCCCGAGGUCGCCCUCGCGGCCACCCCCGAGACCGGCCCCGCUCUGGCCAAAGUCGGCGAUCGCACGCCGCGCAUCGUCCAGGAUGAAGAGGCCCAGAAUCUGCGCAAGGGUCUACAGCAGCGUCAUACCCAGAUGAUCGCCAUCGCAGGCGCCAUCGGCACCGGCCUCUUCCUAGGGCUCGGCAGCGCCAUCCAAACGGGCGGCCCGCUCGGGGCUCUCCUCGGCUACGCCCUCAUCGGGCUGGUCGUCUGCGCCGUCCAGAUCGCUCUCGGGGAAGUAUCGGCCCUCAUGCCCGUCACCGGGUCCUUCGUCCGCCACGUCGAGAUCCUGGUCGAUCCGGCCCUCGGCUUCGCCAUCGGCUGGAACGUCGUCUACGGCUGCUUCAUGUCCGUCCCCAGCGAGAUCUCCGCCGCCGUCGUGCUAAUCCAAUACUGGACGACCCUCAACACCGCCAUCUGGAUCACCAUCCUGAUCGUCCUCUCCGCCGUCGUCUCCCUCCUCUUCAUUCGCGUCUACGGCGAACUCGAAUUCACCUUCGCCAUCCUCAAAAUCCUCCUCAUCAUCGGGAUCAUCCUCAUGGGACUCGUCAUCGACCUCGGUGGUGUCGCGGGGACCCCGCGUCUCGGCUUCCACUACUGGAAAGACCCGGGCCCAUUCGUCGAAUACAUCGCCUCGGGAUCCUGGGGCCGAUUCCUCGGUUUCUGGGCCGUCAUGACCAACGCCGUGUACUCGUUCUCGGGGGUGGAAAGUCUCACCAUGGCGGCCGCGGAGAUGGAGAACCCGCGGCAAAACAUCCCCCGAGCCUGUAAACGGGUCUUCGCCCGAGUCACCAUCUUCUACUUCAUCGCCGUGCUCAUCGUCGGGAUGAUCGUCCCGAGCAACGACCCCCGCUUGGGGGAUGAAACCGGCACCGCCACGCAGAGUCCCUUCGUGAUUGCCGCCGUAGAUGCGGGCAUCAACGUCGUCCCAUCGAUCAUCAACGCCGUCGUGCUUACCUCCGCCUGGUCCUCCUCCAAUCAAAGUAUCCUGUCCGGAACGCGCACGUUAUACGGUCUGGCCCUGAAGGGCCACGCCCCGGGGAUAUUUCUCCGGACGACCAAGCACGGCGUGCCGUAUAUGUGUGCGGCGUUGCAGAUUGCCGUCUCGUGUUUGGCGUAUCUGGCGUGCUCGAAUGGCGCGUAUACCGUGUUUAAUUGGUUGUUGGAUUUGACGGCCGCCGGGGUGUUGGUGUCGUGGGGGACGAUUGCUUUGAAUCAUAUUCGCUUGAUGAGGGGGUUUAAGGCGCAGGGGUUGGCGGAGAGUGAGAUGCCGUGGCAUAAUUGGUGGUCGGUGUAUUCAUCGUAUUUUGCGCUGGUGAUGUGCGUGAUUGUGCUGUUCACGGGUGGGUUUCCGGUCUUUACCCAUGGCAGUUGGGACGCGUCGUAUUUUGUGUCCUCGUAUUUGGAUAUUCCUCUCGUCUUGGCUUUCUAUUUCGGGUAUAAAUUCUGGAAAAAGACGGAGCUGGUCUCGGUGUAUGAGAUGCCCUUGGAGCAAGCGUUGCAUGAGUCCAGGAGUGAUCCGGAUAAUGUGCCCAUUCGGACGAGUAAAUGGUCGCGGUGGAACAUUUUGUGGGGAUGAGGGAGUGUUGUUGGAGACUGCCCUACGUCGGGUUAUGGGCGAUGACUAGAUGAUAAUAAUUAUAUGAUUAAAUACGACGUGAUGUGCUGAGCAAGUAA